CCCACACCCUACAACCUACAAUCAUGAAGUUCUUCGCUGCCGCCUCGCUCGCCCUCCUCUCCUUCGCUGUCGCGAACCCCACUCCCAACGCCGCGGGCGACGAAGCCGCCGCUGCCGAGCAGGGCCUCGCCGCACGCGACCUCGACCUGGGCAAGCGCGACUGCUCGUACCGCACGAUCUGCACUUGCGACGGCCAGCCGGCCGACAUCUUCUGCGGCCGCGGCUCCUCGCCUCGUGGCGGCUGGUGCCUCGAGGGCUACGUCUACCAGUGCGACGGUGAGGGCAACACGUGCCGCUACGGCCCGCGCGACGACUGCAACUAG